AUGCAAAAGAUAUUACCCGAGCUCAUUCAUCUUGAGGCACAAGACAUUGCAAGAGAUUUGGAAACAUUGCCUCAAAAACUUUUAAGGUUGAAGCCUAACGCGACCAGUGACUUUGUGAUUUCCCGCUAUGAAGUUGUUAAAAUUGCUAUUGGAAGGUGCGUGCUUUUGAGCAAAGUUGGUGUUAGAGCUGAGCUUUGGGAAUCCCAUGAUGCACCAGACUCAAUCACCCUCCUAUUGGAGAAAUCAGCUCAAGUGUUGUCAUUAUUAGCUAUUGAUUUCAAAAAAAUUUAA